GCGCUGUUGACAUCUCCCGCAAAUUUUAUCUCCCGCCAUAUUCGUUCACGCAUUUACACUUUUGCUUGGAGGCACGACACCUUUUUGUCGUGGUUUUUGGCCUACGAAUUUCUUGUUCGUCUCAUCACGUCAUCACGUCGGUUAAAGCAAGAUGUCGGCAAUCUCGGUGGACAAAGAUGCCUUUUUCAGGCGAAUGAAAGUGCUGUACGACGCAUGGAAUAAUUCUUCAGAUAAUAAUGGCCUCAGCAAUGUCGACGCCAUCUGCACAGCAGUGGGUCUAGAUGAGGAUGUGGUGUAUGCUAAGUCUACGGCACUACAGACCUGGUUGUUCGGCUACGAGUUGACAGACACAGUUACGGUCCUGUGCGAGAACAAGAUCAUCUUCCUGGCCAGCAAGAAGAAAGUGGACUUCUUGCGACAGGUUGCCGACUCGGAGAAGGAGAACCAGAACGGAGUACCGGUCAUUACACUGCUGACCAGGGACAAGAGCGAUGGGAACCAGGCCAACUUUGAGAAGCUGACUGAAGCCAUCAAAGGCAGCAGAGAGGGCAAGCGCGUGGGUACAUUUACAAAGGACAAGUUUCCUGGUGACUUUAUGGACAGCUGGAGGCAAGCGCUGAGUGGUACUGGUGUGACACAGGUUGAUAUCAGCAGCUCCAUUGCCCAGCUGAUGGCCGUCAAGGAGGAGAAGGAGAUUUCCUUGAUGAAGCGGGCAGCUCAGAUCACGUGUGACGUCUUCAAUAAGAAAGUCAAAGAGGACAUCAUGGAGAUCGUUGAUGCGGACAAGAAAGUGCGACAUAAUAAGCUCGCCGACAGCAUAGAAGCCGCCUUGGAAGACAAGAAGAUCCUAGGCAACACGGACCCCUCGCUGGUAGAAGUCUGCUACCCGCCCAUCAUACAGAGCGGGGGCAACUACAAUCUCAAGUUCAGCGUCGUCAGUGAUGAGAACAAGCUCCAUUUUGGCUCCAUCACGUGCUCCCUCGGAGUGCGCUACAAGUCCUACUGCUCCAAUGUGGUUCGCACCCUCAUGGUGGAUCCCACGAAAGAACAACAGGAGAACUACAACUUCCUGCUCAGCGUCGAGGAAGAAGUCAUCAGCAAGUUGAGAAACGGUAAAAAAGUGUCGGAUGUUUACAACAGUGUCGUUGCAUUGGUGAAAAAGGAGAAACCAGAUCUCCUUCCGAAAAUGACUAAGAAUGUUGGGUUUCUGAUGGGGAUAGAGUUUCGCGAGGGCAGCAUGCUGAUCAACAGCAAGUCGGAAGCCGUGGCCCGGAAGGGAAUGAUCUUCAACAUCAACGUGGGCUUCUCCAACCUCCAAAACAGCGAGGCUAAAGACACCGGCGGCAAGAACUAUGCGCUGUUCAUCGGUGACACUGUGCUUGUACAGGAGGAAGGGCCGGCCGCACUCCUGACACCAAUGAAGAAGAGAAUGAAGCACAUUGGUAUCUUCCUCAAGGGCGAUGAUGAUGAUGACGAUGAAGAAGACGAAGACGCUAAACAGAAGCAAGAGGAACUGCUGGGUAGAGGGAUGAGGCGGGCUGUCCUGGACAGCAAACUCAGGACGGACAUGACAGCGGAAGAGAAGAGAAAGGAGCGACAGCGAGAGUUGAGAGAAGAGAUGAACCGAGAAGCUCUGGAUAGGUUAAAACAAGUGAAGGAAGAAUCCGGCAAGACCAAAACCAGAAAGUCCAACGCGUCUUACAAGCACGUAUCCCAGAUGCCCCGAGACCCUGACGUGCAGCGGUUACGUCUGUAUGUGGACAAGAAGUACGAGACAGUGAUCCUGCCAGUCUUUGGACACGCCACACCAUUCCAUAUAUCUACCAUCAAGAACAUCAGCCAGAGCGUUGAGGGCGACUACACGUACCUGAGAAUCAACUUCUUCCAUCCUGGAGCCGCUCUGGGCAAGACCGAUGGCAACAUGUUCUCCAACCCUGAAGCCACAUACCUGAAAGAACUGACAUAUCGGAGUUCCAACACCAAGGGAGCAGGUGAGUCCUCCACUCCUUCCAGCAAUCUCAACCUUGCCUUCAGACUCAUCAAAGACGUCCAGAAGAAAUUCAAGACUCGGGAGGCCGAGGAACGAGAGAAAGAGGGCAUUGUGAAACAAGACAAAUUGGUCAUCAAUCCCGUACGAGGCAACCCUAAACUCAAGGAUCUGUACAUCAGGCCAAACAUCGUCCAGAAGAGAAUACAAGGCUCCCUAGAAGCACACAUGAACGGUUUCAGGUAUACGUCUGUGCGCGGCGACAAAGUGGACAUCUUGUACAACAACAUCAAGCACGCCAUCUUCCAGCCUUGUGAUGGAGAAAUGGUUAUCGUUCUUCACUUUCACCUCAAGAAUGCCAUCCUCUUUUCCAACAAGAGACACGUGGACAUCCAGUUUUACACCGAAGUGGGAGAAAUCACCACAGAUCUGCUGAAACAUCACAACAUCCACGACAGGGACGACAUCGCCAGCGAACAGGCUGAGCGUGAGUUGCGCCACAAGCUGAAGGCAGCCUUCAAGAGCUUCAUCGAGAAGGUAGAAAGCAUCACCAAGGGAGAUAUAGAGUUUGAGGUGCCGUUCCGUGAUCUGGGAUUCCCCGGCGUCCCUCACCGCAGCACGGUGCAGCUCCUGCCAACCAGUAGCUGCCUUGUCACUGUCACUGAAUGGCCCCCAUUUGUCAUCUCAUUGGAGGAAGUCCAGCUGGUCCACUUUGAGCGUGUGCAGUUCCACAUCAAGAACUUUGACAUGGUCUUCAUCUUCAAGGACUACACACGCAAGACGGCCAUGGUGAACGCCGUGCCCAUGAAUCUCCUGGAUAACGUCAAAGACUGGCUCAAUUCGUGCGACAUCAAGUACACAGAAGGAGUCCAGUCCCUGAACUGGAGCAAGAUCAUGAAGACCAUUCUGGACGACCCGGAUGGAUUCUUUGAGAACGGUGGCUGGAAUUUCCUGGAGCCAGAUAGUGAUGGAGGCGAGGAUGACGAUGAUGAAUCAGAAGAGGACGCCUAUCAGCCAUCGGGCUCGGAGGAGGAGGUUGACAGCAACGACUCCGACAGCGACGAUUACUCAGAAGACUCUGAAUCAGAGGGCAGUUAUUAUUCAGAAGAGGAUCUUGGUAGCAGCGAGGAAAGUGGGAAAGAUUGGGAUGAGUUGGAGAAGGAAGCAGCAACAGCGGACAAACGAAGAGACUGGAAUGAGGAGCUGGAGGAGGAGACAUUGAGUCGUAAGAGGAAGCGCAACGAGACCGCGCGCAGUGACAACAGGCGACGGGACGCCAAGCGAAGACGUUGAGCUAGGUCCCAGUUUUGCCUGCCAGUGAUUGGCUUGAUUUUAUAGAGGGCGCUACACAGUGUCCGCCCCUGGCGAUUCUGUU